AUGGAGACCGAAGAGGAGCAGCACAUCACCACGCUCCUCUGCAUGGGCUUCCCGGACCCCGACGUGAUAAGGAAAGCGCUCCGCUUGGCCAAGAACGACAUCAACGAGGCGGUCGCGCUCCUGACCAACGAAAGCCCGGGGCUCGGCUACGGAUAUGAGCCCAUGGAGAGCGGGCCUGCCCCCGCCUUGAGUACGAGCGGCGACGGGGAGACGAGCGGGAGAACCGGCACCAGUGGCUUCGACCCUCCACCCGCAUACCAUGACGUCGUUGACGGAGAGAGGAGCAACGAUGAGAAUGGCAACUGCUCUGGCGGAAGCAUGGAGUUCCCCACUACCAACCUGUAUGAGCUGGAGAGCCGAGUGUUCACCGACCACUGGUCCAUUCCGUACAAGAGAGAGGAGUCGCUGGGCAAAUGCCUCAUCGCAUCCACUUGCCUCGCACGGCACGGCCUCGCCGACGCUGACGAGAACUGCAAGAGGUUCGUCGAACGCUGCAUGCCCGAGGCCUUUAAAAAGUUGCUGACCAGCAGUGCAGUGCACAAGUGGUGCACAGAGAUCCACGAGGGAAUUUACAACAUGCUUAUGUUGUUGGUGGAGCUGGUGGCUGAGCGGGUCAAGCAGGACCCAGUUCCUGUCAACCUAAUGGGUGUCUUGGCAAUGGCCUUCAACCCGGACAACGAGUACCAUUUUAAGAACCGGAUGAAGUCGUGCCAAAGGAACUGGGCCGAAGUGUUUGGAGACGAGGCUAGCAUGUUUGCAGUUUCACCAAGCAACACUUAUCAAAAAGAGCCUCACGGUUGGCUGGUGGAUUUAGUCAAUCAAUUUGGAGAGUUGGGAGGAUUUACCGCCAUCCAGACGAAGCUCAACGCGGAGGAGAUCGAAAUAGCUUGUGUGUCUGCUCUGGUCCAGCCUCUUGGUGUUUGCGCUGAAUACCUCAACUCAAGCCUUGUCCAGCCAAUGCUUGAUCCAGUGAUCCAUAAGAUGAUCACUUAUGUACAGAACCUGGAGGAAAAGGACCUUAAAGACAAGCGUCUGGUGAGCAUCCCCGACCUGCUUUCAGCAAUCAAGCUUCUGUGCAUGAAGUUCCAGCGGGACAUGGUCACGGUGGUAGACGACCUGCGGCUCGACACGCUGCUGCGCAUGCUCAAAACCCCCCAUUUUUCAACUAAAAUGAAUUCUCUCAAAGAGGUGACAAAAUUAAUAGAGGAGAGCACGGUGGCAAAGACUGUGAAGAAUGCCAUUGAUACUGAUAAACUCCUAGACUGGCUUGUAGAAAACUCUGUCCUUUCAAUAGCACUGGAGGGCAAUAUUGACCAGGCACAAUACUGUGAGAGAAUAAAGGGAAUCAUUGAGCUCCUGGGAAGUAAACUCUCCCUCGAUGAACUCUCCAAGAUCUGGAGGAUACAGGCUGGCCAGUCAUCAACUGUGAUUGAAAACAUUCACACAAUCAUCGCCGCUGCAGCAGUAAAGUUCAGCUUUGAUCAGCUCACCCACUUGUUUGUGCUGAUACAGAAGAGCUGGGAAGUGGAGAGCGAUCGCGUCAGGCAGAAGCUGCUGAGUCUGAUAGGGAGGAUCGGGAGGGAGGCCCGCUCAGAAACCACUACUGGCAAGGUGCUGGAGGUGUUGUGGGAGCUGGCGCACCUCCCCUCGUUGCCCACCAGUCUGGUUCAGCAGGCGCUAGAGGAGCACCUGGGAAUUUUGAGCGACGCCUAUGCUGUCAAGGAGACUGUGAAACGCAACUACAUCAUUAAAUGCAUCGAAGACAUCAAAAAGGUGGGGGAGGAGUGCGGCUCAAGGUUCAACCGGUGCGACGGUUUUAAAGCUUCCCAGCCAAGCACCCCUCAGGCGGUUUGGGUCGUACCUGCCUUGCGUCAGUUGCAUGAGAUCACCCGCUCCUUCAUUAAGCAGACCUACCAAAAACAAGACAAGAGCAUCAUCCAGGAUCUGAAGAAGAACUUUGAGAUUGUCAAACUAAUCACGGGUUCCCUCGUUUGCUGCCAUCGACUUGCGGUGACCGCAGCAGGAAACAGUUGCCUGUCAGGUUCCACCAUGGUAGAUGGAAGAUACACCUACCAGGAGUACCUGGACGGUCACCUGCGUUUCUUAGCCUUCUUCCUCCAGGAGGCUAGCCUGUACCUGGUCUGGAAUAGAGCUAAGGAGAUCUGGGAGUGCCUGGUAUCCGGCCCAGAUGUUUGUGAACUGGACCGUGAGAUGUGUUUUGAGUGGUUCACUAAAGGCCAGCAUGAUCUCGAGAGUGAUGUUCAGCAGCAGCUCUUUAAGGAAAAGAUACUGAAACUGGAGCCCUAUGAGAUCACUAUGAAUGGCUUCAACCUGUUUAAGACCUUCUUUGAGAAUGUCAAUCUCUGUGAUCAUCGACUGAAACGCCAAGGAACUCAGCUGUGUGUGGAACGCAUCGACCUUACAGGGAUGGACUUUAUUUGGCGCAUCGCCAUGGAAACCCCUGAUGAAGAGAUAGCCAAUGAAGCAAUUCAGCUCAUUAUCACAUAUAGCUACACGAACCUCAACCCCAAGAUGAAGAAGGAUUCGGUAUCUUUGCAUAAGAAAUUCAUUGCUGAUUGUUACAAGAGACUAGAGGCAGCCAGUUCAGCCUUAGGCGGGCCUACUUUGACGCACGCUGUUACUCGAGCGACCAAGAUGCUGACAGCCACCGCUAUGCCCACGGUGGCUACAUCCGUACAAUCACCUUCAAGAUCCACCAAGCUGGUCAUAAUAGAAAGACUGCUGCUAUUGGCUGAACGUUACGUCAUCACAAUUGAGGAUAUGUACUCUGUUCCUCGCACUAUUCUACCUCACGGGGCAUCGUUCAAUGGACACCCUGUCACUCUUCACAUCACUUAUGAGUCAACCAAAGAUACAUUCACCUUAGAGACCCACAGUAAUGAGACAAUAGGAAGCAUCCGGUGGAAGAUAUCCGAGCACUUGAGCUGUCCAGUGGAUAACGUCCAGAUCUUUGCCAAUGAUAGUGUGUUGACCAUGAAUCGGGACCAGAAACUGCUGUCCCAGCUGGGCUUUAGCGAUGAGCAGAGCCUCACGGUGAAAAGCUCAGGAACGGGCACGCCCUCGGGCAGCUCUGAGUCGUCCGCCUCCGCCUCCAGUAGUUCCAGUUCAGCCGUCUUCAACUCCGCCUAUGCCCUGGAGCAGGAAAAAUCCCUUCCAGGUGUUGUCAUGGCGCUGGUGUGCAAUGUGUUUGAGAUGCUUUACCAGUUGGCUAAUUUGGAUGAAACCAGGAUCACACUGCGUGUGAGAAAAUUGCUCCUCCUAAUCCCAACAGAUCCCGAGGUGCAAGACGCUCUCGAUAACUUUGUCCCCAAAGAAUCCAGUAAGACAUUGUUCACCCUUGGCCAAGGGACAGGCUCCCGCUCUCCAUCCACGGCCUCCAAGCAGCAGCACCAGCCAAGUGCUGCAUCCAUUCUGGAGUCCUUGUUCAGGUCUUCAGCCCCAGGCAUGUCUACAUUUAGAGUCCUCUACAACCUGGAGGUGCUGAGUUCAAAACUAAUGCCCACAUCUGAUGACGAAAUGGCUAAAACCAGCAGCAAGUCGUUCUGUGAUAACUUCCUCAAAGCAGGAGGACUCAGUCUGGUGGUGAAUGUAAUGCAAAGAGACUCCAUCCCAUCAGAAGUGGACUAUGAGACCCGACAAGGCGUCUACUCCAUAUGUCUUCAGUUGGCCAGGUUCCUUCUGGUUGGCCAGAGCAUGCCUGCGGUGCUAGAUGAUGAUGUCAUCCGGGAUGGCGAUGCACUGUCAUCCCGACCUUUCCGCAACGCAGUUCGAACAGGCCGCCAGCUCUCUCUAUGUGCAACACCGGAGAAGGCCUCGUACAGGCAGAUGUCGCUGUCUGAACGCUCAUCCAUAAGAGUGGAGGAGAUUAUACCGGCUGCACGUGUGGCAAUUCAGACUAUGGAGGUGGGUGACUUCACCUCCACCGUCGCAUGUUUCAUGCGACUGACCUGGGCAGCGGCUGCGGGCCGACUGGAUCUCGUCGGCAGCCCACAGCCCAUCAGAGAGACCCAUGCCUCAUUUCUUUCUCAGGGAGUGCGCACCAGAGUCAGUAGCACAGGAAGUAACUGCAGCUCCAGCAGUGAGGGAGAAACACCAACGGCGCUGCAUGCUGGCAUUUGUGUUCGACAGCAAAGUGUCUCCAUAAAAGAUGCCAUCAUCGCCCGUGAGGCUCUGUCGCUCCUGGUCACCUGCCUGCAGCUACGCUGUCAGCAACUUUCCUCUUUCUACAACCUACCCUCUGUCAAUGAUUUCAUCAUUGAUGUGCUGCUGGGUUCUCCCAGUGGAGAGAUCCGCCGCGUGGCCUGUGACCAGCUAUACACUCUGAGCCAGUCAGACACGUCAGGCUUCGCCGAUGUCCAAAAACCCAACUUGUUUUUGCUCUCUGUCGUCCUCACCGCUCAGCUUCCACUGUGGAGUCCCACGUCGGUCAUGAGGGGAGUCAACCAGAGAUUGCUGUCCCAGUGCACAGAGUACUUUGACUUGCGAUGUCAGCUACUUGAUGAUCUAACAACUUCGGAGAUGGAAGCGUCACAAGUCAUUUCCGCCACCAUGCUAGAGGAUGAAAUCUCUUGGCUGGACAACUUUGAGCCCAGCUGGAGCUCAGAGAUGGAGACCAGCGAGGCGGACAACAUCCUCCUGGCGGGACACCUGCGGCUCAUCAAGACCCUGCUGUCGCUUUGUGGCAAGGAAAAGGAGCAUCUUGGCCCGUCUUUGAUCCAGCAACUGUUGGAUGACUUCUUGUUUCGAGCAUCACGCAUCAUCAUCAACACCUCCAACUCCACCGCCUCGCCCGCCCCCAGCCACGAUUUCUACCCCAAGUGCAGCACUGCAAGCAGCCGUCUGGCGGCCUACGAGGUUUUGGUGAUGCUGGCUGACAGCUCACUAUCCAACCUACGCCUGAUCACCAGAGAGUUGCUCUCCAUGCACCACCAAUCUGACCCGUCGCUUUGUAAAGAGUUCGAUUAUCUUCCCCCUGUAGAGAGCCGCUCAGUUUCAGGUUUUGUGGGCCUGAAGAAUGGCGGCGCCACAUGUUAUAUGAAUGCUGUUUUCCAGCAGCUUUACAUGCAACCAGGCCUACCAGAGGCCUUCUUAUCCAUCGAGGACGACACAGACCAGCCUGAUGAAAGCGUCUUCUACCAGGUUCAGUCUUUGUUUGGUCACCUGAUGGAGAGCAAACUGCAGUACUAUGUACCGGAAAACUUUUGGAAGAUCUUCAAGAUGUGGAACAAAGAGUUGUACGUGCGAGAGCAACAAGACGCUUAUGAAUUCUUUACCAGCCUUGUGGACCAGCUUGACGAGCAUCUCAAAAAAAUGGGCCGUGAGCAAAUCUUCAAGAACACAUUUCAGGGCAUCUUUUCUGACCAGAAGAUUUGUAAAGACUGUCCUCAUCGGUACGAACGUGAAGAGACGUUCAUGGCAUUGAAUCUUGGUGUGACGUCCUGCCAAAGUCUGGAGAUCUCUCUGGACCAGUUUGUCCGAGGUGAGGUUCUGGAGGGCAGUAAUGCCUACUACUGCGAGAAAUGCAAGGAAAAGAGGACCACGGUAAAGAGGACUUGCAUCAAAUCCCUGCCUAGCGUUCUCUGCAUUCAUCUCAUGCGUUUUGGCUUUGACUGGGAAAGCGGACGUUCCAUUAAGUAUGACGAACAGAUUCGGUUCCCUUGGGUGCUAAACAUGGAGCCGUACACAGUGUCUGGCAUGGCUCGUCAGGACUGCAGCGGGGAGGGCGGCGAGGGGCGAGGCGACGUUCCGUCCGGAGGCUCACCCAGGAAAAAAGUCACCAUUUCGGAGAACUACGAGCUGGUGGGCGUGGUGGUCCACAGCGGUCAGGCGCAUGCUGGCCACUACUAUUCCUUUAUCAAAGAUAGACGUGGCAGCUCACGUGGACGUUGGUAUAAGUUCAACGACAACAUGGUGGAAGAGUUUGACAUGAACGACGAAACUUUAGAGUACGAGUGCUUCGGAGGAGAGUACAGGCCCAAAGUUUACGACCAGUCCAACCCUUACCCCGAUGUGAGGAGGAGAUACUGGAAUGCCUACAUGCUGUUUUAUCAAAAAAUAAGUGAGCAAAACUCACCCGUCCUACCCAAAAAAAGUAGGGUCAGCAUCAUGAGGCAAGAAGCAGAGGAUCUCACACUGUCCGCGCCAUCCUCUCCUGACGUCUCGCCACAGUCAUCCCCGCGCCCCCCUAGGGCUAACAACGAUCGCCUCACCCUGCUAACCCGCCUGGUCCGCAAGGGCGAGAAGAAGGGCCUGUUUGUGGAGAAGAUGCCCGCCAGCAUCUACCAGAUGGUGAGGGAUGAGAAUCUCAAGUUCAUGAGGAACAGAGACGUCUACAACAGCGACUACUUCAACUUCACCCUCUCGUUGGCCUCCGUCAAUGCAACUAAAUUAAAGCAUCCAGACUACCAGGCCAUGGCAAAAGAGAGUCUCCAGCUCGCUGUCCAGUUCCUCCUGCAUACCUACCUGCACACCAAAAAGAAGCUCCGUGUGGAUACCGAAGAGUGGAUGGCCACUGUAGAGGUGUUGCUCUCAAAAAGCAGCGCCGCUUGCCAGUGGAUGAUCCAGUACCUGGUUGGACCAGAGGGACGGGAAAUGACCAGGAUAUGUCUGCUGGAGUGUGGCAUGAGAGAAGUGCGCGUGGUGGUGGCGUCCAUCCUGGAGAAGACCCUGGAGAGCGCGCUGCACUUUGCCGACCCGGGUCUGGAUGGCCUGACUGAUGCCCUGCUCUCGCUGUUGGAUAAGGAUGUUCCUGAAAAUGUGAAGAACUGCGCGCAGUACUUCAGCCUCUUCAGUAACUUUUCUCAUAAGGGUUGUGAAGCUUGUCAACUAUUGUUGAAACACUCGGCUUACCGUCGAAUGCUCCUUUUCCUUCUUGGACCCAAUCGCCAAAACAACCAGAAUCGACGGUGGAGUCAAGCCCAAGCUCGGGAAUUUCUCCACCUCCAUAACACGCUAGCACUCAUCACUCUACACUCGGACCUAGACUCCCAGCGAACACACUCUCCGGAAGGGUUCACCCUGCGUGUCAGCAGCAUUCCUUCCUCCACACCACUCCUCCCCCUCCACUCGGACAUCUUGGCGUCUGUUUUCACCCCAGAGGGACAACCCUAUCUUCUUGAGGUGAUGUUCGCGUUGCGCGAGUUGUCGGGCCCCCUGACGCCACUCAUCAGCAUGGUGACGUAUUGUUCCUAUUGCAACGAGCCUUUCUCGCUGGGCGUUCUGCAGCUCCUCAAGACUCAGCUGGAGACGGUGCCGCCUCACGAGUUGAAGAACAUCUUUCACAUGCUGCAGGAGCUUCUUGUGGUGGAGGAUCCUUUGCAGUCACAAAGGCUCAAGUAUGCUUUUGAGUCAGAGAAAGGCCUGCUGGCUUUGAUGCACCAAAGCAACAAUGUUGACAGCAGACGCUGCUACCAGUGUGUGAAGUUCUUGGUCACGUUGGCCCAGAAGUGUGCUCCUGCCAAGGAUUACUUCAAGGACCUUUCUGGUCACUGGAGCUGGGCAGUGCAGUGGCUCCAGAAAAAGAUGACAGAGCAUUACUGGACGCCACAGAGUAACGUAUCAAACGAGACGUCCACCAAUAAGAGCUUCCAGCGUACAAUUUCUGCACAGGACACGCUAGCCUACGCCACAGCCUUGCUGAACGAAAAGGAGCAGUCUGGUAGCAGCAAUGGCUCCGACGGAAGCCCCGCCAACGAGAACCCCGAACGCAGCCUACGACAGGGAUCAGAAUCUCCCAUGAUGCUUGGCGAUUCCAAAAGCGACCUGGAGGACGUUGACCCUUAA